GAAUCCAGAGCCCUGAACAUCCUGUGGAAAGGCUCCGGGAGCCUCCACCCAGCCGGAUCUGGUGUGCUGACGUGUCGGCUCCUCCGCAGCCCACAGUGCUCAUGCUCCAGCGGGCGAAACCGACACCGCCAACAACAAAACUGCCAGCAUGGCAGCGAAGCACUUCUACCGACAGGGCUUUUUAUUACUUUUAUUCAAUUUUAUCUCGACCGCGGCCCUGGAGAAACGCUUCUCCGACCUGAAGAGAUGCGCCGACGACGAGUGCAGCAUGCUGCUAUGUCGGGGGAAAGCAUUGAAAGAUUUCUCGGCACCGGAUUGUCGAUUCCUGUCCUUUAAGAAAUCAGAAACUAUCUAUGUUUACUACAAACUUGCAGGCAGAAGGACUGACAUGUGGGCAGGAAGUGUUGGAAAUAUCUUUGGCUAUUUCCCAAAGGACCUUCUUGCAGUUAACCACCUUUAUACAGAUAAAGAAGUCGAACUUCCCGCAGAGGAAACAGAUUUUGUCUGUUUUGACACUGGAUUUGAUAAGUUUGACAAUUAUGACAUAGAUGUACUCUUAGCCUCCUUCGUGGAGGAGAAUAGCAGAGCAAGUAGGGGAACGUCUGACCAAAUCCAAGUGGCAGAGGACACUCCAAAAGAAACACAGCCAUUUGAAGAAGAAGAAGAAGAAGAAGAAGAAGAGCAGACUGAAAAACAAACUGAGCAGCAAGAGAAUGUAGAUCAUCUUGAUCCUGAUGAUCAAAAUGCCUCUUUACCUGAGCUUGAUGUGGAAAAUGAAUUGCCUCCUUUAGAAAUAGAAUCUGAAACAGCCACACCUGAUUUUAUUGAAACAGCCGAAGAAGUUGAGCAAAUCAAACUAGAUGAGUCUGUUCCUGAAAAUGUUGUGUCAGAGAGGAGUGAACCCAAAGAUACACUCCCAAAUCCUGAAGUGGAAUCUGUGGCCAAAGACGAGUUUGUUCCAGAAACGGAAGCAGUCUCGGUUACUGAGGGAACGCAAAUCCCAGAGUUGAAAACUACCCUGGGAAACACUUUUGAUGCCAUCGUUACUGGUGAAGAAACCACUAAGAGAGUUACACCGUUUGAAGACGAAGAAGAAGAGGAGGAAAACAAAGAGGUGGACGAUAACUCCAAAGAAAACGUUGAUGUUAUACAAGACACUCCAUUACUGUCUUUCACUGAAAAAGCCAUGAACACUCCAGCACCUGAUUCCCUCCAAGAGCAUGAAGCUCCUCCAGUAACACACGAGGAUGAACCUCAAGCUGCUGAGGAGAAGAACAUGUGGACGUCAAUUGGAGAUGCAGUCUUUUCAGUUGUCACGGGGGGAGAGAUGACAGCACAUGUGAGUUCAGACGAAGAUGAUGACGAGGAGGACGAAGAAGAAGAAGAAGAAGCUGCUGCAAAACCCACUGAGGAUUUUGAGGAAGCAAAAAAAGAUCUCGAAGAACCAAUGAUUAUAGAAUCUCCCAAAGAGCCUGAAAUCAUAGAGCAAGUUCUUCAAGAUCCUCCUGGUUCCAGCUCUGUACAGACAGAUAAAGAAACAAUCAGUGAUUCUGAGGAACUUUUGUUGGAUAGUGACGAUGAGGGUGAAAUAGAAGAGAUCGAACAUGAGGAAGCAGAGGAUGAAACAUUAAAACCUUCAGCUGAUACACCACAGAUACAACACCCGACAGGAGCAAAUAAAUUAUCAGAUAUUUUAUUAUCACAAAAAGAUACCUCUGCCAAUAAUGAAAUAGAAAAAUCUGACAUUAAAACAACAGAUGAAACCAUUAAGCACAAAGAAGAGGAAGUGCAGGAGGUGUCCAAAGAUUCUGGAGUCAAUGAAGAUGUACAGGACAGUAGCAUUGCAAUGGAGAAUAGACUGGAUUUGGACAAUGUGCCAGAAGAAAACAAGACGGUGGACGAUCGUGUAUUUGUCAGUACAGAAACUGAAACUCAUCAGAUCCUUUCCAAUGAAGAGUCGAGGGAUUUAGAUGUCGAAGACGACAUAAAGACAGUAGACGACAGCUUACCUGAUCGGUUACAUGAAUAUUUAUUGGCAGAUCUUAAGAAGCAUAUCCAUCAACUAGAUUUAUCUGUUGUUGAACCAGAGAUUCAUGAGGAACCACAUACAGAGGAGCUGGAGGAAGAAAAACCUGAAGAGCUGGAGGAAGAAAUUGUUGUGGUGAAAGAAGAAUUACUUGAAGAUGAAAAUGCACUUCCGUCCGAACAAUCAGAUAACACAGACUCUGACAAGCCUGCUCUUGAACCAGAAACUCUGCCCACUGCGUCGACUGUAGAGCCAGUGUACAGCGACAGCGUGAUGAGACUGACGCUACUGCGAGACCGCUUCUCAGAAGAAUACAUGGCGCGCGUCCAAAGGCGUCUGGGCCUCAAAAAUCUCUUCAAAGUGGAGGCCAUGUUCUCUGAUCUGGACACAGAGUUGCAGGCCACCCGUCAGUCAGAUUCAGGCACGACGCAAGACAUAGAAAGUGCUCUAGAGGAAAUCCUGGAAGCCUCGGAAAAAACCAUCUUGGACGAGAUUGAGAAGAUGCUGGACGGACAGAAUGCAAAAAAUGUUCAGGACCCACAUGAGGACACGAGUAGUGUGGAUGAGGAGACUGAAAUACUGGAUGUCUUCCAGGAGCUUGCAUUCAGUUUACGACAGAAGUAUUCAACAGCCAGUGACAGCACACCUUUAGCAGCAGAUAUGGACCAGGAUGGACAUGAAUUGAAUGUUACUGAGGAAACGCUCCCCAUUGUUGAGGAGGAAAAGGUUGACAUCGUUCCUGAGGCCGAGAGAGAGCAAGAAAACAUCACAGCAACAGAUCAUGAGGAAAGAGCAGUAGAGACUGAGGAGGAGCAGAUAGUUAUGGAUGAGGUGCACUCUGGACCCGAUGUCAGUGUGGAGGAGGACGGUGGACAUUUGAAUCAAAACAAAGACAAUCAGCCGGAAUUCAGUUCAUCAGACGACAUGCAGAAGGUCCCACAAGCCACUCUGGAAAAUCCUUUAGACGUGGGCGUUGGUGUAGAGGUGGAGCCCUCGCCCUCAGGAUCUUUGGAGCCAUUGGAUCCAGUGUCUGAAAUUAACGAAGCAGAAGUGGGAUUAUUCUCAUCUGGAUUAUUUUACAUGGGCUGCAUCUUUUCUAUCGCCAGCAGUAAAAUUGUGGAGUGGACAACUGUGAUGAUUUCCCUUUUGCCAGACGAGUGGAAGCCAGGGGAGACGUUGUACGGAUGUCCCUGGCAAGCGGUGGUCUUCACUGCUUUGGUUGGAGUUGUGACCGUCACCAUCUUCUUCUGGAGAACUGUGUUGGCAGUAAAAUCGAGAGAAUACCUUGUGGAUGAAAAAAGGCUCACAGAGCAAAUCCAGGCUCUCAAAAAAGAGAAGAACGAUUCUCUCACCAAGAUGUCUGAACUCCAGAAGCAGACUGAGAAUCUGAAGGAGAAUCAAAAGCAGUCAAAGGAAACAGUCGGUUCUACAAUGAAAAGGAUGCAACACCUGGAGAGUAAAGUUUUGGAGGCAGAAUCCCGAAAUAAGCGGAUGGCUGAAGAAAAGAAUUCAUAUGUAAAACAACUCGAAGAGGAGCGGACACACUCUAAGGAAUAUGAAACCAGGGUCGAGAGACUGGAGAAGUCAAAUGAGAAGCUGCAGCUCAGCAGGAAAAAGAUCCAGGAAACGCUCUCGAGGACUUCUGUUCUCCUUGAUGAAGCCAAGAUUCGUGAAGAUGCCAGAAAAGCUCAGCACAAAUGUCUUGGGAAAGAUUAUGCAGCGCUGAAAGAAGAGAACAAGACGUUUAAGACUACUAUAAAGAGCUGGGAGGACAAACACAAGGAGCUGAGUGAGCAGAUUAAAAGUUAUCAAAAGUCCCAGAAGGAGCUGGAGGACUCUGUGGUGCUCAAAGAUCACAACGUGGAGGUGCUGUCUGAACUUCUGGCAGAUUUAGACGCUUGCGAGCUACAAAAAGGUGAAACCAAAGUUUUAGCCAAUGGUGAAGUAGCAUCUGAUAAGAAAACAGUCGUAAAGAACAGAAUCAAACAGAUGAUGGAUGUUUCCCGGGUGCAGACCACUCUCACAGUAGUUGAAGAAGAGCGAGAUCGCUUCAUGACUAAACUACUGAACGAGGAAACGACGAGAAAGGCACUGGAAGAACAACACCAGGAGCUGGAACAUUCAAUUGCAACUUUAAAAAGCACCAAAAGCCAUGUUGAUAACCAGUUCAAGAUCCUCCAGCAGAAAAAUGAAAUCAUGGUUGAAAUGUACCAACAGAAGGAAAAUGCUCUACAGCAGAAAUUAACGAAGGAGGAACUAGAGCGACGCAGCAAAGAGAGUCUGCUCUCGGAGGUGGGAGGAAAAGCUGUGGAGGCCGAGGAGCAGGUCAAAGUUUUGAGGCACCGCAUUAAUGAAAUGGAGGACCAGAUGAAGAAGACGGAGGACGUCUACAAAGAGCAGAUAAAAGAGCAGGAAAAUAAAACUCACUCAAACUGGGUGAAUGCUCGGAAUGCAGAGAGAGCUCUGAAUCAGGAGAAGCUUGAAUCAUCAAAGCUCCGUGAAAAGUUGGCUGUUUUAACUUCGCAGCUGAAUGAGCGUCGUGCUCCUCUCUUCAGACCAAACCCUGGACAAGCUGCAGUUCCUCGCCAAGGUGACUCAUACGGGCCCUCUCCUGUGAGUGGGGGUGCACCAUCCCCUCCAAUAAUGAUAGAGGGUCCCAGACGCCCUCCCUCUGCCCCCGUGGGGCGAAGAAUUGACCCGUAUGGCUCUCGACCUCCAUCAGAUCCUCACGGUCGUUACGCUGAGAACAAACACAUCUCUGGGAUGGACUUGAUGGGUCCCCGCAGCUCAUCGCCCGCCAACAUGGAUGGACCUACACAAGCAGUAGAUCCACAGGUUAAAGCAGAGACUCAGGCUGAGGCCUCCACAGAGAGUCCAGAGCCAGGACCUGGAUCCUUCAUAGCGUCUCCAAUCAGGGACUCGCCUGGUCCCAUGAUCCAAGGACCUGGCCCUGGACCCCAUGACCCGCUCCUCCCUCCCGGACCCCACAUCCGCCUGCCACCACCCGGGCCUUACAGACACCCGCGACCCGGCCCCUACCACCUGCCGCCUGGUCCUCUUCCUCCAAACCUACCUCCUCUUCACGGGCCUCCACUACCAGCUAAUGGACACCCAGGUAUGCCUGGACACCCAGGUAUGCCUGGACCAAUGGGAGGAGACUUUGGGCCUCGCCCCGCCAACGGACACGUGUUCCACCCCAGGCCUGGCCCAGGUCAUUUCAUUGAUCCUAGGGGUCCGCUACCACCGCAUUUCCGUCCUCCUCCACCUCAUCACUUUGGACCAAUGCCUCCACCACACGGUGUCCGAGGGCCCAUUGGACCACGUCCACCUUUCCAUCCUGACAUGCGCUUCCCAGGACCACGUGACCACAUCAACCCACCAAUGGACCUGCCCCCAGGUAUCCCACCCCAUCCUGCACAUCCUGGUGAUGCUUUCGGUCAGGCUCCACCCCAUGCCCUCCACAACUCAGCGGGCGCUCACAGCGGCCCUGGGCACGACCCGCGCGUGAGGCCGGAGGCCCCGCAGGACUCAGCAAGGCCAGCAAUGGCCAAGCCUUAAAAAUGCCAGCUGCGGCAGAGAACUUGAAUUCCUCAUUACCCCCAAACGCAUCACGUUCACAAAUCAGAUCCGGUCCAAACAAAGGUUAUGAUUAUUUUCAUAUUUCAAUUAAUGAAAUCAAAUAAAAAAUUAAAAACUGCAAUGAUGUUUGUUUUAAAAAAAAAACAACAUGGUCUUGGCAUUAAAACAAGAAUUAUGUCUGAAAUUGAUUUAAGAUGAAAGGGUUGCCACUGUUCUAAACAACUUAUUGUGCAAUAACAGUUUAUUAAAUGCCAGAAACUUUUUCAUUUGUGUUUAUCUUUUAGAAAAAUGGCAAUGAUUUUUUUUUUUAAAGGGGCAAAUUGUUUUAAAUGUCAUUUCCUGUGGAAAUUAUUUUAUGAAAAGGAAAAAAGGAGAGAUUUUAGCUUCUAGCAUUUCAGGAAAACCACAAUUUUCCCAAAGCUGUUGCUUUAGAACGAACUGUAAAGCAAUGUGUAAUUUGAUGGCCAGAUGUAUAACUUAUUUUACUAUGUUGGUAGAACUUUUAUUAAUAAAGAAUGGGAAAGUA